AUGCUUCCGGGCGCAAGCAUGCGUCCGGGCGCAAGCAUGCUUCUGGGCGCAAGCAUGCGUCCGGACGCAAGCAUGCUUCCGGCAGUGAGCAUGCUUUCAGACGCAAGCAUGCUUUCGGACGCAAGCAUGCUUCCGGGCGCAAGCAUGCGUCCGAGCGCAAGCAUGCUUCCGCGCGCAAGCAUGCUUCCGGACGCAAGCAUGCGUCCGGACGCAAGCAUGCUUCUGGCAGUGAGCAUGCUUUCGGACGCAAGCAUGCUUCCAGGUGCAAGCAUGCGUCCGGACGCAAGCAUGCUUCCGGACGCAAGCAUGCUUCCGGACGCAAGCAUGCUUCCGGACGCAAGCAUGCGUCCGGGCGCAAGAAUGCUUUCGGGCGCAAGCAUGCUUCCGGACGCAAGCAUGCUUUCGGACGCAAGCAUGCUUUCGGACGCAAGCAUGCUUCCGGGCGCAAGCAUGCGUCCGGGCGCAAGCAUGCUUCCGGGCGCAAGCAUGCGUCCGGACGCAAGCAUGCUUCCGGCAGUGAGCAUGCUUUCGGACGCAAGCAUGCUUUCGGACGCAAGCAUGCUUCCGGGCGCAAGCAUGCGUCCGGGCGCAAGCAUGCUUCCGCGCGCAAGCAUGCUUCCGGACGCAAGCAUGCGUCCGGACGCAAGCAUGCUUCUGGCAGUGAGCAUGCUUUCGGACGCAAGCAUGCUUCCGGGCGCAAGCAUGCGUCCGGACGCAAGCAUGCUUCCGGACGCAAGCAUGCUUCCGGACGCAAGCAUGCUUCCGGACGCAAGCAUGCUUUCGGACGCAAGCAUGCUUCCGGACGCAAGCAUGCUUCCGGACGCAAGCAUGCUUUCGGACGCAAGCAUGCUUCCGGGCGCAAGCAUGCUUUCGGGCGCAAGCAUGCUUCUGGACGCAAGCAUGCUUUCGGACGCAAGCAUGCUUUCGGAUGCAAGCAUGCUUCCGGACGCAAGCAUGCUUUCGGACGCAAGCAUGCUUUCGGACGCAAGCAUGCUUUCGGACGCAAGCAUGCUUUCGGACGCAAGCAUGCUUUCGGACGCAAGCAUGCUUCCAGACGCAAGCAUGCUUUCGGGCGCAGGCAUGCUUUCGGACGCAAGCAUGCUUUCGGACGCAAGCAUGCUUUCGGGCACAAGCAUGGUUUCGGACGCAAGCAUGCUUCCGGACGCAAGCAUGCUUUCGGGCGCAAGCAUGCUUUCGGACGCAAGCAUGCUUUCGAACGCAAGCAUGCUUUCGGACGCAAGCAUGCUUCCGGGCGCAAGCAUGCGUCCGGGCGCAAGCAUGCUUCCGGGCGCAAGCAUGCGUCCGGGCGCAAGCAUGCUUCCGGGCGCAAGCAUGCGUCCGGACGCAAGCAUGCUUCCGGCAGUGAGCAUGCUUUCGGACGCAAGCAUGCUUUCGGACGCAAGCAUGCUUCCGGGCGCAAGCAUGCGUCCGGGCGCAAGCAUGCUUCCGCGCGCAAGCAUGCUUCCGGACGCAAGCAUGCGUCCGGACGCAAGCAUGCUUCUGGCAGUGAGCAUGCUUUCGGACGCAAGCAUGCUUCCGGGCGCAAGCAUGCGUCCGGACGCAAGCAUGCUUCCGGACGCAAGCAUGCUUCCGGACGCAAGCAUGCUUCCGGACGCAAGCAUGCGUCCGGGCGCAAGCAUGCUUUCAGGCGCAAGCAUGCUUCCGGACGCAAGCAUGCUUUCGGACGCAAGCAUGCUUCCGGACGCAAGCAUGCUUCCGGACGCAAGCAUGCGUCCGGGCGCAAGCAUGCUUCGGGACGCAAGCAUGCUUUCGGACGCAAGCAUGCUUUCAGACGCAAGCAUGCUUCCGGACGCAAGCAUGCUUUCGGACGCAAGCAUGCGUCCGGGUGCAAGCAUGCUUCCGGACGCAAGCAUGCUUUCGGGCGCAAGCAUGCUUUCGGACGCAAGCAUGCUUUCGGGCGCAAGCAUGCUUUCGGACGCAAGCAUGCUUCCGGACGCAAGCAUGCUUUCGGACGCAAGCAUGCUUUCGGACGCAAGCAUGCUUCCGGCCGCAAGCAUGCGUCCGGGCGCAAGCAUGCUUCCGGGCGCAAGCAUGCGUCCGGGCGCAAGCAUACUUCUGGGCGCAAGCAUGCGUCCGGACGCAAGCAUGCUUCCGGCAGUGAGCAUGCUUUCGGACGCAAGCAUGCUUUCGGACGCAAGCAUGCUUCCGGGCGCAAGCAUGCGUCCGGGCGCAAGCAUGCUUCCGCGCGCAAGCAUGCUUCCGGACGCAAGCAUGCGUCCGGACGCAAGCAUGCUUCUGGCAGUGAGCAUGCUUUCGGACGCAAGCAUGCUUCCAGGCGCAAGCAUGCGUCCGGACGCAAGCAUGCUUCCGGACGCAAGCAUGCUUCCGGACGCAAGCAUGCGUCCGGGCGCAAGAAUGCUUUCGGGCGCAAGCAUGCUUCCGGACGCAAGCAUGCUUUCGGAGGCAAGCAUGCUUUCGGACGCAAGCAUGCUUCCGGGCGCAAGCAUGCGUCCGGGCGCAAGCAUGCUUCCGGGCGCAAGCAUGCGUCCGGACGCAAGCAUGCUUCCGGCAGUGAGCAUGCUUUCGGACGCAAGCAUGCUUUCGGACGCAAGCAUGCUUCCGGGCGCAAGCAUGCGUCCGGGCGCAAGCAUGCUUCCGCGCGCAAGCAUGCUUCCGGACACAAGCAUGCGUCCGGACGCAAGCAUGCUUCUGGCAGUGAGCAUGCUUUCGGACGCAAGCAUGCUUCCGGGCGCAAGCAUGCGUCCGGACGCAAGCAUGCUUCCGGACGCAAGCAUGCUUCCGGACGCAAGCAUGCUUCCGGACGCAAGCAUGCGUCCGGGCGCAAGCAUGCUUUCGGGCGCAAGCAUGCUUCCGGACGCAAGCAUGCUUUCGGGCGCAAGCAUGUUUUCGGAUGCAAGCAUGCUUCCGGACGCAAGCAUGCUUUCGGACGCAAGCAUGCUUUCGGACGCAAGCAUGCUUUCGGACGCAAGCAUGCUUUCGGAUGCAAGCAUGCUUCCAGACGCAAGCAUGCUUUUGGGCGCAGGCAUGCUUUCGGACGCAAGCAUGCUUUCGGACGCAAGCAUGCUUCCGGACGCAAGCAUGCGUCCGGACGCAAGCAUGCUUUCGGGCACAAGCAUGGUUUCGGACGCAAGCAUGCUUCCGGACGCAAGCAUGCUUUCGGGCGCAAGCAUGCUUUCGGACGCAAGCAUGCUUCCGGACGCAAGCAUGCUUUCGGACGCAAGCAUGCUUUCGGACGCAAGCAUGCUUCCGGGCGCAAGCAUGCGUCCGGGCGCAAGCAUGCUUCCGGGCGCAAGCAUGCGUCCGGGCGCAAGCAUGCUUCCGGGAGCAAGCAUGCGUCCGGACGCAAGCAUGCUUCCGGCAGUGAGCAUGCUUUCGGACGCAAGCAUGCUUUCGGACGCAAGCAUGCUUCCGGGCGCAAGCAUGCGUCCGGGCGCAAGCAUGCUUCCGCGCGCAAGCAUGCUUCUGGACGCAAGCAUGCGUCCGGACGCAAGCAUGCUUCUGGCAGUGAGCAUGCUUUCGGACGCAAGCAUGCUUCCAGGCGCAAGCAUGCGUCCGGACGCAAGCAUGCUUCCCGACGCAAGCAUGCUUCCGGACGCAAGCAUGCUUCUGGACGCAAGCAUGCGUCCGGGCGCAAGCAUGCUUUCGGGCGCAAGCAUGCUUCCGGACGCAAGCAUGCUUUCGGACGCAAGCAUGCUUUCGGACGCAUGCAUGCUUCCGGGCGCAAGCAUGCGUCCGGGCGCAAGCAUGCUUCCGGGCGCAAGCAUGCGUCCGGACGCAAGCAUGCUUCCGGCAGCGAAAUUUCUCUCGAUAGUCUAUGGGCCCACCACCCGCGCGCCUCGUAGCGACCCAUAG